AAUCCGGGUGUCCCCGCGCGACACACAACCCCUUCCUCGCCCCGAAUCUUCCCUUUCCCUUCCCCGCCCCACACGGCACAACAGCACCAAGCGCUCACCUCCAAAGGCCCCUAUCCUGCCGCUCACGCCCCACGAACCCAUCAAACCCUAGCGUCAUCACCCCCCUCGAGAUGGACGGCCGGGACGCCACGGCGGACCUGCAGGAGUGGGAGCUCCUCCUCGCCUCCCCCACCGCCGCGGCGGCGCCCGGGCCGUACGCCGCCGGCGGGGAGGCGGUGGUGGAGGACGACGCCGCCGGGGCCAUCAAGUACGACUACUUCGACCUCGGCUCCGACGCCAAGUACGCCAGGAGGGCGUCCCUGUCGGCAGGGGCCGAGGAGGAGGGUAAGGAGGAGGAGGGGACGGACGAGGAGGCCGGCGAGGCGAGCUGGGUCGAGCCGCACCCCGGCGCCCUCGCCUUCCCCGCCCGCGACCGCGCCGCGCUCUGGUCCGACUCGUCGUCGGACGGCGAGAGGCGCGAGGACGCCGAGGCGGCCGAACCGCUGGUGGAGACGCCCCGGGCGGCUGCGGCGGCGGGGGCGGACGAGGGGGCGGUGGCGAAGGGAGGGCCCGCGGCGCGGUGGUGGAGGCUGCCCGUGGAGGUGCUGCGGCUGUGGGCGGCGCGCGCGGCGAGGAGCGCCUGGUCGGUGCCCGUCGCCGUCGCGCUGCUCGGGAUCGCCGUGCUGGGCCGCCGCCUGUACCGGAUGCGGCGGCAGAGCAAGGCCGUGGCGCGCGUGCGGCUCGUCCUUGACGAUAAGAAGGCAUCUCAAUUCAAGGCCCAGCCGAUGUUACGGCGAGCUCCGAUGAUAAAGCCUAUGCUUCCUGGCAAUGGGGUGACCCCAUGGCCCGUCCUGGGGCACCUGUGAGAUGUGAGAUCCGCUACAUAGAGCUAGAAAUACAGUUGGCUUGUGAGCAUACUAUGCAGUACCCUGCAGAUUUAUCAUACCCUACUUGAAGUGCCUACUUGUGAAAGACAAAAUGAUGCUUAAGUGACUCAUUCAGUAGAUCUUUUCUGCUUGAUGUUUGUAAUGCACCUGUGUGUAUAUUUUUCUUCUGUUGCCUUGUUUUACCUGAUGUGCUUGAACAAUGUGGCUGUGUAUAUAUGACACAAAGUAUCUAAAUAUGGUUGUAGAAUGACAGUUUGAAA